AUGAAGUCGGCGGCUCUUGCCUGCGCGCUGCUGCUUGUGGCUGCCAGUGCAACGGCUGAUCUUAUUCUGUCCGACAUUCAGGACAGUGAACAACAAACUCAAGUGACAGCCCAGUGCUCUGAAACUGUUGCUUCCAAUCAAGGCUACUACUGGAGCCAAAGCUCUGAUGAUCUCGGCACCCAAGGCCUCGCCACCACCUCCUGCACAGAAGGUGGUUACUGCGAUUGCUUUAAAAUUUCCACAUGUAGCAACGUCAACGGCGCUGCCUGCCGCCGCCUGCAGUCUUGCGAAGACACUGAUGGCCAGAACCGCUGCUUUCAGUUUGAAGCAUGCAGCGUCGCCCCCUUCACCGGUCGUGCCAAGUACGAGUGCGUAAACGGAUUUGACUUGAGCACCCUUCCCCGUCGCAAGCUCACCAAAUUGGGCAAGCAGUUCAAGAGCAGCGUGCAGCAGAUGUGCAACAUUCAAAACAUGUGCGCCAUUAAAGCCGAUCACUGGACCGAUAUCGAUGUCGAUGGCACAAUGUUUGAAGUUGACACCAAUGACGACAAUGUGGCGACUCAAAUCGCAACGUGCUUGAUCUACAACUCAAUCACCGUGCAAGGUUGUACGCUUGCCGCGGUUGAGGCUUCUACCAUGACUACCACGACCAGUACCACCACCAGCACCACAUCAACAACCUCUACUUCUACAACCUCGACUACCACCACCUGGCUGGAUGAGUGCAUGUUUUCGCAGUCCAUUGCUCAAGCUUCAUUUGAGCAGUACACUCAGGCUCAAGGUCAACGCACCGUCGCCUUGCAAGAAAGCACCUGGGCAGGUGCCUCGGCUGCAUCUGCUGCUGUGGUGCAAGUGCCAAACUACACUCCCAUGACGCCAGCGGAUGGCUCUCGUGCCUUGGUCCUGUUCGCGGCCGGCAAGAUGGUGUCGCAGACCACGACGACCAACUGGCCCACCACUACUACUGUGGCUCCCACUACCACCACCACUGGUGAGCCCACCACUACUACUGUGGCGCCCACCACCACUACGACUGCUGAGCCCACCACCACUACUGCUGAGCCCACUACGACCACCACUGCUGAGCCUACCACUACUACUGCUGAGCCCACCACUACUACUGUGGCGCCCACCACGACCACCACUGCUGAGCCCACCACGACCACCACUGCUGAGCCUACCACCACCACCACUGCUGAGCCUACCACCACCACCACUGCUGAGCCUACCACUACUACUGUGGCGCCCACCACGACUACCACUGCUGAGCCCACGACCACCACUGCUGAGCCCACCACGACCACCACUGCUGAGCCUACCACUACUACUGUGGCGCCCACCACCACUACUACUGCUGAGCCCACCACGACCACUACUGCUGAGCCCACCACCACCACGACUGCUGAGCCCACCACCACUACUGCUGAGCCCACCACUACUACUGUGGCGCCCACCACGACCACCACUGCUGAGCCCACCACCACUACUGCUGAGCCCACCACUACUACUGUGGCGCCCACCACCACUACGACUGCUGAGCCCACGACCACUACUGCUGAGCCCACCACUACUACUCCUACCACUACUACUGUGGCGCCCACCACGACCACCACUGCUGAGCCCACCACCACCACCACUGCUGAGCCUACCACCACCACUACUGCUGAGCCUACCACCACUACCACUACUGCUGAGCCCACCACCACUACCACUGCUGAGCCCACGACCACCACUGCUGAGCCCACCACGACCACCACUGCUGAGCCUACCACUACUACUGUGGCGCCCACCACGACCACUACUGCUGAGCCCACCACUACUACUGUGGCGCCCACUACCACUACUACUGCUGAGCCUACCACUACUACUGUGGCGCCCACCACGACCACCACUGCUGAGCCCACCACUACUACUGCUGAGCCUACCACCACCACUACUGCUGAGCCUACCACCACUACCACUACUGCUGAGCCCACCACCACUACCACUGCUGAGCCCACCACGACCACUGCUGAGCCCACCACUACUACGUUUACGUCGACCUCCUCGACCUCCUCGACCUCAUCAACCUCAUCAACCUCCUCGACCUCCUCGACCUCCUCGACUUCCUCGACAUCGUCUACCAGCCGAACGUCCACCCGCGUUGACCUGGACAUCAUUUGUUACCACCCCACCAAUCAAGAUGCACUCCGAUCUGUUAUUCCCGGCAUGUACAUCCUGGAUGGCUUUUUGUCAAUCACUUCUGGUUGCAAGGCUACACCAAGCUUUCUGGCCGAGUUCCACGACCUUCGAGAUGUCCUGGGUGACGUUAGCUUUGAUCGUAACCACCUUGUGUCAAACUUCAGCGGCUUUGAAAGCCUUGAGUACAUUGCUGGUUCAUUCAGCAUCGAGUCAAUGAACAGCCUUGAGACACUGGACGGCUUCAACGGAAGUAUGCUCACUGUGACUGGAGAUUUGACUAUCAGUGGCCUUCCAUUGUUGACUUCUCUUGCGGCUUUGAACGGUAUCACAGUUAACGGUCAAUGCUUGAUUGAUCCUGCUACUCUUCCUUCUUGUGUUGGCUCUUGUGACUGCGCCAGCAUCGGCUUGUCCGAUCCUACCACCACCACAACCGUCACCACGACCACAUCCACGAGCACCACUUCCACCACGACAACGAGCACAACUACUACGAGUCUGUUGGCCCGCGCUGGUCCAGUAUUUUGCAACGACCCUGCAUCUCAUCCCGCCGUGCAGUACCUGGUUACGAAUGUUGAGGUGAUUGACAGCUACGUGCGCCUUGUUUCAGGCUGCGAAAUGACCGACACAGUGUUUUCGUACUUCCAAGAUUUGAAGCACGUCGGGAGCUACAUGACUCUCAACGGCCAGCCGAGCAUCACCAGUCUUGAGCCCCUCGCAGCGCUCAGCAGCACUCAAACUCUCACCAUCUCCGACAUGGCUGGGCUUACCAAUCUGAGUGGCUUGGAUGCAACUCGUUUGGUCAUUGAUGGCGACUUGAAGAUCACCAAUAACCAGAAUCUUGAGUCAAUUGCCGCGCUCAACGGUGUGGUCAUUACCGGAACUUGCAUGAUCGCCAACAAUCCUGCCUGCGUUGGAUGUACCUGCGGUAGCAUUGGGCUUGCAGAGUUUACCACGAGCACUUCAACGACCUCAACGACCUCAACAACCUCGACGACCUCAACGACCAGCACGUCGACCACCUCAACCACCACUCUCAACCCGACGUACACCGGUGAUGUCCUGUGUCGGUCUAGCACACAACUCAGCGAAGCUGCUGCGACCAUUGCCGGCCGUUACCACAUUGAUGGUUUCGUUGCCUUUUCCAACGGCUACUCAGGCUAUACCUGUGAUGUGGAUGAGUCUUCUCUUGCCUCCAUGACGACCGUGGGUCAAGUUCAAUCGCUCGAGAUUCGCGGCAGCACCAACUUGGAGACGAUGGACGGGCCUGACGUUUUAACAACUGUUGACUUUGGACUUACCAUCCGCGGCAACUCUGUUCUGAAGAAUCUGAGCGGUCUGGACCUGCUCUCCAGCGUCGGCGGGGACAUGACAGUUCAAAGCAAUGCCAUGUUGACGAGUUUGACCGGCCUGGGUGGGCUUACCUCUGUCGGGGGCCAGCUGGCGGUCCAGUCCAACAAUGCAUUGACGACCUUUGCUGGCACAGAAGGCCUCACCAGCGUUGACUUUUUGCUCAUCACCAACAACCCACUUUUGACCGAGAUUGAUGCACUCUCUUCGCUGACUCAACUUAAUACUGUGUACAUCUUUGGCAACAGCCAAUUGGCCCACGUGGAUGGCUUGGUCAAUGCUGCUGGUGUUACUGACUGCUACAUUGCCCUCGACAACGCCUGCGAUUCGGUAACACACAAGUGCACUUGCGCUGACCUUGGCUUUGCCUAG